CAUGAAUUUCACUCUUCCCUUCCUUUAAAAACGACCCCUAUAUAUUCUCAAUAUGAAUUCCGCUCUUCUCUUCCACAAGAAUCGCCCCCCUGUAUAUUCUCAAUCGGUUAAGCUUUCCAAUUUGACCAAAGAAGCAGGGAUACUUGAGAUGAAGGAAGAACAAACAACAAAAGAAAAAGUGCAAACAAGUUAAGAGUUUUUUUACAUGUGAGAGAUUACAUGAUUAUGCAAAAGCCUACCGGUUGUAGUAGCAGUAGUUGUGGCGGCAAUGAUCAUGUGGAGAUCAACAUACUGCUAUCCAGAGCGGCUCCCAUCCCCCAAUCCUCCGAUCAUCAACGACAGGGUGACGAUGGUGAUGCCACCAUCGGAGCGACCAGGCCGGUUCGACCUACGAUCGCCAACUCGGGUCCUGUUUUGUUGAAGCGGGUAUGGGAUUUUGCCAAGGAAGACAGGAACAGAGUAACCUUCUCUUGCAAAGCAGGGCUGGCUGCAGUUUUGGUGUCAUUCCUUGUUCUCCUCAAUGCGCCUUACCACGUCUUUGGGAUCAACAUCGUCUGGGCUAUCCUCACCGUAACCAUCAUGUUCGAAUACACCGUAGGUGCGACCUUUAAUCGAGGGUUUAACAGAGGGCUUGGAAGCCUGUUGGCAGGGGUGUUGGCCAUUGGAGUUGCAGAGAUGGCCAUUCACAUGGGCACCGCUGCUGAGCCGAUUGUGAUUGCCAUCAGCAUCUUCAUCAUUGGUGCCCUAACGUCAUUCAUGAAACUGUGGCCAUCACUAGUGCCAUACGACUACGGGUUCAGGAUCAUGCUAGUAACUUACUGCUUGGUGAUUGCGUAUGGAUACCGACUCCGAAACCCGAUCCAGACAGCGUUGGAACGGCUAUACUGCAUUGCCAUUGGAGCAGUGGUAGCAGUUGCUGUCAAUGUGCUGGUAUUCCCCAUAUGGGCAGGGGAGCAGCUGCAUAGGGAGCUUGUAGGCAGCUUCAACUCAGUUGCUGACUCUCUCGAAGCAUGUGUGAAGAAAUACUUGGAAGAUGAUGAGGCAGAGCAUUUGGAGUUGAAGACUGUGAUGGAAGAGUUCCCAGAUGAACCAGCUUACAGGAAGUGUACUAGUGCUGCGAAUUCCUCGGCCAAACUUGAAUCCCUGGCGAAUUCAGCGAAAUGGGAGCCACCACAUGGAAGGUUCAGACACAUGUACCCAUGGUCGGAAUAUGUGAAAGUUGGAGCAGUUUUGAGGUACUGUGCUUAUGAAGUUAUGGCACUUCAUGGUGUUGUGCACUCCGAGAUUCAGGCGCCACACAACCUGCGGAUCAUAUUCAGGUCACAGAUUCAGGAGAUGGCCAAUGUAGCUGCGGCACUCAUCCGAGACCUGGGCAAAGAUAUAAGCACCAUGAGAAGAAGCCUUCGAAACAUGAAAAGAGUCCAUGACUCUGCUGAGAAUCUUCAACGCGCAAUGGAGAUGCAUUCUCACUUGCUGCUAGUGACAGACUACAACUAUUCCAAGCAGCAGGCUCGAGAUACCGAGUUCGUCAGCAAAAUCUCAGUCCAAGCAAGCAGUGGAGAGAGAGAGCCAUCAUCAGGGGAAAUCCAGCAGUCUGCUCCAUCUUCGGAGGAAGAACCUCCUCCGAAAAUGAUGGCAUGGAGGAGCACCGAAGUGCUGUCACUUGCAACUUUUACUUCCUUGCUUGUUGAGUUGGUAGCAAGGCUUGAUCAUUUGGUUGAAGCUGUAGACGAGCUAUCAAAGAUGGCCAAAUUCAAGCACAACAGCAAUGAGCUUUCGAGAAUGCACAACAGCAUAACUCAUAGCAGCUCGUAGAUCUUUUGGCCGCUAAAGUGAAAUAAACGUGUAAAAACUCUUAUUGUGGUGGAACUUAUUGCAAAUACUCAGGAUAGAAAAGUACUUCAUAAAAAAAAAGCGCUUUAUCACGGGUAAAGAGAAGGAAAAAUGGCUUAUCAUUGAGCAUUUGUGGCACCAGAGAAUAGAAUUAUAGUUGAUAUUUAUUUUCCUUAUUUCUACUUCAUCAUGUACUGACUGCUCACCCCCCCCCCCCCCCCCCCCCCCCCCUCAACAACUUCGUUUCUAACUUCACUCGAGUUUCAUUUCUUACCUGUAUCACAAUCAUCAAAUCUUCAGAAGUAAGCAAUCCAAUAGUCCAUCCUUAGAUCUUCUGGCUUCCUGUGAUUUGCACACACCACAGCAAAUGGAAACUGACAGAGCCGUAAUAGCCAAAUUCAAGCAUCACAUCAACCUUGGAAAUUAACACCAACUACAAGGAUUUAUUACCACCACCCACAAUGUUCUGAAACCAACGACCAACCCUUACAUUACAGAGAUACAACUGACCGACACACUAACCCCUGCUGGACAUUUGUUUAUAUGACGAAAAUAUUUACAGCACAAACACCAAGUACUUACCCAGACCCAGAACGCUAACUAAGACCCUACAUUGGUAUCACAACUCUGACAAACGGGCUUCCAAUUCCCAACAUGUUCCUAAACAUUCGAUCAAACAUUCAGUGCUUAAGGGAUUAAAAGCGUUCAGCAACUACGCAGACUCCAGACCAAAUAACAAAACAUGAGAACUAAGACAGCAGGUAUUUUGGGAACAAGAAAUUCAGGAAUCACAUCCACUUGAUAGGUACCGAGCAAGACAUACUCUGCUCAAGCUGGCGGUUGCCGCUCGAGCUAGCACCAGAAGAACCGGUUUGCAGCAUUGCCAUCAAACUACCGCCAUGGACCCUGCCUUCUGUUGCAGAUGAUGGUGUGGUUGAAUGGUCUGCUUCCCCUCCAGAUUCUUCAAACUCUGAGCUGGUUCCAUCUUCUGAAGAGACAUUAGCAGUAACUCCCAUCUUUCCCACAUCUAAAACCAUAUCCUCAUGAGUCAUUACAACUUCCUUCAUCUUACCACUCUUGUGAGCUUUUGGAUCCUCUUGGACCAUGGUACCCAAGGUGAUACCCCCAUGAACUCUCUUGUCCUGCACCAAUCCACUGUGAAGAACACAAAGACCAGUUUUGCCCCUGGCGAAAGAGUUGCAAGCACCACCAUCGCCCACAUUACCCGAACCAGGAUGGCCCCACGAGCACCUCUUUCCUCCACCAUGCGCCUUGCAGAAAUCAGUGCUUCCUUGCGCACUCUUUCCACACCCUUCGAACUUGCACCUCUUCCCACCACCAUGACGAACACAAUAAUCUGUCCUUCCUCUUGCACUCUUUGUGCACUCAGGAACUGCACACCUUUUCCCUCCUCCAUGCGCGACACAAAAGUUGGUCCCACCAUGGACACUCUUUGUACAAAUCCCGCCACCUUGAAAAGCACACCUUUUCCCUCCCCCAUGACCUUUGCAAAAAGGUGUGCUGCCCUCGGCUCCCUUAGUGCACCCUACAGCUGUGCAUCUCUUCCCUCCUCCAUGUGCUUUGCAGAACAUUGUGCUUCCUUGAGCUCCCUUAGUACAAUCAGGUGCUUGACAUCGUCGACCACCUCCAUGAGAGAUGCAAAGACCUGAAAGACCUUCAGCAGAUUUUGUGCAAUUCUCUUUCUGACAUCUUUUCCCACCACCAUGACGGAUGCAAAGCCCAGAUUUACCUCUAGCAGCACGACUGCAACCAUCAUGACUACAUCUCCGACCGCCCCCAUGAGCGAUACAAAAGUCGGUGCGGCCUUCUGCACUUUUGGUACAUCCGAGGAACUCACAUCGUCGACCGCCACCGUGGGCCUUGCAGUACACGGUGCGUCCCUCAGCUCCCUUAUGACAUCCCUGUUUCUGACACCUCCGACCACCACCAUGGGAUAUGCACCGGCCGGAAGCACCUCUAGCCCCCUUCUCACAUCCUUCAAUUUGACAAGUUUUAGAACCCGAGCCACGCAAAGACCGCUGAGAAAUCCCAGAAGUAGAAGUGACUGAGCCAUUUGGUGUUACCACACUUGAUGAAGGAACUGGAAUUAUGGGGAUGAUAGGUUGAUGAACUUUGUUGAGAAGGAAUCCCCCAUCUUCGUUGCAAGGAAUCUGUAAUGGAACCAAUUGGGGCCCAAAACUGAAAGGCCCACCAGCCAUAAGAGGUACUUCUUUGGGAAACUCAAUCGAAGUAGAACCAGCAUGGGGACUUUUGUGAUGAUGUGAAACAACAUGGAGACUUGUUAUCUCAGAUUCUGCAGGUCCGGUUGACAAACUCAAUUCAAGGUCAACUUUGGACAAGGAUUCCAAAGCUUUACCACGUGAAGUGAGAGCCUUCUUUGGAUUGAGUGUCUUUUCAUUGCCAAGAUGGAGGGAGAAAUCCAGCUCGAGAUCCAUGGAAGACUCUUCGUCGGUUUCUUUGGCGGAUGACAUUGUAGUGCAGCCCAUGAGAGAACUUCCUUUGCUAUCUGAUGAACUUGAUGAGCGGCCCAACCCAAGAGACAAUGAAGAGCCAAAAAUUUGUUGAUCCAUUGAUCCAUUGACUAAACUCCAUUUCCGCUUCAUCCCCUUCGCGGGUGGCACAGAUGGUGCAGCGGAACCAAGGGAAUCGAGCCGUAAAACUGUAUCGGCCCUAGAAUCGGUAGCUCCAAUGACUCCUCCAAAUUGCAUGAUCUUGAAUGCAUUUGAAGGAUGAGCAGCGGGAAAGUCCAAGUUCCGGAACCUGUUGUCCAUCAAUCAGCAACCCAACUUCUGAAGUAAUUUUCCUAACCUAAAUACUGUACACCACCAAACAGUACACCGGACUUAUGGGUGUUCCAAAUAUCAGCUACAAAACUAAGUUAGAAGAUGUCGACUAGCCAGCAUGUGCAACCCCCGCUAACAAAGCCGGAUGUAUCACACCGAUCCAUUGUUGUCUUUAUAAGUAAUUCCCCAAGAAACUACAGCAAGAGCAUUAGCAGCCAAACGCCUCCUCCACUACAAUACCAAGACAGCCAAGCAUCCUGAGAACCCAAUAAUUGACGACAAUGGACAAAAGAGAAGACGCGGCGAAGGGAUCGAUGGCGGGCGGGCGGGCUGGAUGGCGGCGAAGGGGGCUUUAGGGCUUUGUGUAUAUAUAUUGAGGUACGGCGCGGCAGAGAGAGAGAGAGA